CGGGCCGCAAUCACACACCAUAUAUGUUUAUGAUACAUGGAACGUUCCCACAUUAGUUUAGAAAGUCUGUUGUCCAAGGUGGAUAGCUUUAAUAAAGGCGUCAUGGACCGAAUGGAUAACUAUAAACAACUUAUUUUUGGAGCAAAGUCGAAAUGGACAGUGAUUGUGACAGUCACUGCAUGCGGUGCAAGUGCCUUGGUCCUUUUGUUGAAAUGGUUCGGACACCAACAGUCGUGGAAGAAAAUUCAGAAGGCAAAAGUGCGAAGAGAAAAGUCGCUGCAACGAGCAGAGCAUGCUGUCUGUCAGUUCAACGAGUCGCACCCUGAAACAGACACCUCUCUCAUCCUCUCACUGUCCCUGGCUGAGCUGUCCAAACAACUGAAGGAUGGAACACUAACUCCACAAGCUGUGUUCCACUCAUACAUGGAAAAGACCUUGGUGGUAAAUAGGAGACUGAACUGUUGCACUGAGGUCCUGCUGGAAAGUUGGGAUCAGCUGGAGGAUGUUGACUCUCACAAGGAUGGUCUCCUUUAUGGGGUCCCUGUCAGCAUCAAGGAAAAUAUUGGAUACAAGGGUCAUGACUCUACGUGUGGCGUAAUCUGUAAAUUGGACCUGCCUGCCACAGGGGACAGUGUGCUAGUUGAAGUGCUGAAGAGACAAGGCGCCAUUCCCUUCGUCAAGACCAACGUGCCCCAAGGCCUGCAAAACUUUGACUGUGGUAACCCUAUCUAUGGGCUGACUCUGAACCCCCACAACCCCCAGAAAACGUCAGGGGGCUCGUCUGGCGGGGAAGGGGCGCUGAUCGGAGGAGGGGGCUCGAUUCUGGGCUUAGGGUCCGACAUCGGGGGCAGCAUCCGCAUCCCAUCAUCCUUCUGUGGGAUAUGUGGCUUCAAGCCCACGGCCAACAGGCUGAGUUUGCGAGGUGCUAGCUCCUGUAUCCGGGGCCAAAAGUCCGUGCUGUCGUCCCUCGGGCCCAUGGCAAGAGACGUAGACAGCCUGGCUCUCUGUAUGCAGGCUCUGCUCUGUGACCACAUGUUCAGACUGGACCCCACGGUACCACCCAUCCCAUUCAACCAACAGGUAUACCAGAGCUCCAAGCCCCUGAGAAUCGGUUACUAUGAGAAUGACGGCUAUGCCAUGCCCUCUCCUAGCAUGGGCCGAGCCCUGAGGGAGACCAAGGCCCUGCUGGAGAAAGCAGGGCACACGUUGGUUUCCUUCAGUCCCCCAAGGCUGAUCUAUGCCAUGCAUGAGCUGGUUGUCAGGGGUCUCUUAGGUGACGGAUGCACUACCUUGCUUAGCCACCUGAAAGGGGGGCCUGUUGACCCGUGUCUCAGGGAUCAGAUUAUCCCCUACAGUCUGCCUCGCACUGUGAAGAAAAUCCUCUCCCUUCUCCUCAAGCCUCUAUUUCCCCGCAUCGCUGCCUCUCUGGAUAGCCUGCGCGGAGUUGGCUCUGUGCAAGACCUGUGGAGACAUCACGCGGAUGUGGAAGACUACAUACAUGAGGUGAUUGCAGAGUGGAGGAGGUGUGAGCUGGAUGUGCUGCUGUGUCCCAUGAUUGGUCCAGCCUACAUCCAUAACUACCCUGGCCAGCUUACCAGUACACUCUCCUACACUAUUAUCUACAAUCUCCUUAACUUCCCUGCUGGGGUGGUUCCUGUCUCCACGGUUACAUCAGAGGAUGAGGAAGAACUCAGGCACUACAAGGGAAACUAUGGGGACCUCUGGGACAAGCUCUACAAAAAGGCAGUGACUGGUGGAGAGGGGCUUCCUGUGGCUGUCCAGUGUGUGGCCCUGCCCUGGCAGGAUGAGCUCUGUCUGCGAUUCAUGAGAGAGGUUGAGAUGCUGGUCAGAGAGGAUAAGAAAUGAGAGGUCGACAGAGAGGGAGAGAUGGUAACUGGGACCUGUUUGAUCAAACAGUUAAAACGUUUAUGUACAUAAAUGUUACUGGGUUUUAGAAGUAGUAAAAAUUCAAUAUAACAUUGUUCUUGUGAUGCGAGUUAACUUGAGUAGGCAGCCUGGCCCAGGUAAUCCUAAAUGUCUAAGAAACCAGAUUGGAGUGAAGACUGAUUCAAGUGCACUGAGAAACACUAAGGGUUGUUCUUGGCUGCUAUCAGUGCACCAGACCUUUAAAUAGGAAUUAGUAAGUAGUAAGUACAUGGGAUAUAGUAAGUACAUGGGAAGUAAUAUUUUUCUUACACACUCAAGGAAAUUGAAAAAUUAUGUUUACCUCAGUUGAUUAAACCCCCCCCCCCCCCACUUAUAAUGUAUAAUGUAAGGAAACCCUAAUGAAGUAAGACAUUACUUGGUAUUUGUCAAUUAUAAUCAACAUAUGCAUUUAUCAUUAUAUAGGAAAAUGAGUUUGACUUCUAGCUCUGACUCUACUAAUAGCUACUUUAUCGAGGAAAAAUGUCCUUUCUAUGCCUGUGAUAUGUGGUUGUCCCAACUAGCUAUCUUAAGAUGGCUGCACUAACUGUAAGUCGCUCUGGAUAAGUGUCUGCUAAAUGACUCAAAUGUAAAUGUCUGUUUUUUUGUAUCUCAAAUUAAACAAUUAUUUAAUAUA